UUGAACACUUAACAAAUAAUUUUUAACUGAAAAAUAGCUAAGUUCCCAACACUGUUAUCAACACUAAUGGCACUAUCUAUUGGAUUUGUUUACAUUUCUUAACAAUUUCUUAAUAUUGCUCAAAUUUUUAAAUAGUCAAGUGCUAGGCGGUACUAAACAUGUCGGAGGACCAUGGCAAGGACUAUACGCUGGAGGGUGACUCCGAGCUGCGUUUUGAGAUCGAGCAAAAGGACGCCAAGGUGUUGGUCUCCCUGGUCAGUGGCUUUGCCGAGCUGUUCGGCACCGAGCUGGUGAAAAAGAAAAAGUACGAGUUCGGUUUGGGUGCCAAGGUGGCCAUAUACACCUUUCAGGGCUGCGUGCUGCACGUCUCCGGCAAAAUGGACGUGUGCUAUAUCUCCAAGGAGACACCAAUGGUGCAGUAUGUGAAUUGUCAUGCGGCACUGGAGCAGUUCCGCGCCGAGGCGGAGGAGAAGGACCGCCGCGGUCCCGUCGCCAUGGUCGUAGGUCCCAUGGACGUGGGCAAGAGCACGCUCUGCCGCAUCCUGCUAAACUAUGCAGUUCGUGUGGGUCGUCGGCCGCUAUACGCUGACCUGGAUGUGGGCCAGGGCGCUAUUGCCAUAUCGGGCAAUGUGGCCACCAUACUUAUCGAGCGACCUGCUAGUGUGGAGGAAGGGUUUCCCAAGACAGCGCCGCUGGUUUACCACUUUGGUCACAAGUCGCCCGGCGGCAACAGCGUCCUGUACAACGCCGUCGUUUCGAAGAUGGCCGAAGUCACGCUGCAGUCUAUGAACAAUAAUAAGCGCACAAAAAGCUCUGGAAUUAUAAUCAACACCUGCGGCUGGGUGAAGGGCUCCGGCUAUGCCCACCUUUUACACGCUGCCCAGGCCUAUGGAGCCUGCGCCAUCUUCGUUCUCGACCAGGAACGUCUCUACAACGAGUUGCUGCGCGACGUUCCCAAGAGCGUCAAUGUGGUUCUGCUGCCCAAGAGUGGCGGUGUUGUGGAGCGCAGCAAAGAGCUGCGCCACGAAUCACGGGAUCAGCGCAUCAAGGAGUACUUUUAUGGCAAUGCCCGCACUCCCUUCUAUCCGUUCAGUUUCGAGGUGAAAUUCCAGGAUUUGCGUCUGUACAAGAUCGGAGCACCACCGCUGCCGGACUCCUGUAUGCCCAUUGGCAUGAAGGCAGAGGAUAAUAAGACAAAAGUGGUGGCCGUCACGCCCACUCCCGCCCUCAUUCAUCAUGUGCUGGCGUUGAGCUUUGCCGAAUCCGUGGAGGACGAUGUGAUUGGCACGAAUAUCGCGGGCUUUUGUUGCGUCACUGAAGUGGACAUGGAACGGCAGGCAGUGAUGUUGCUUUCUCCGCAACCGCGACCGUUGCCCCCGAAUGCCCUGCUCCUGUGGUCGGAACUGCAGUUUAUGGACAACCAUACAUAGCAUUUGUAAAUCUUUUAGUUUAGAUUAUUUGGAUUAAGUAUGGGUUUUAAUGGAAGUACAUAAUCUUUUCUUUGCUGUUAUCCUUAAACAAUUAUAAAGUCUGCAGUGAGAUAAAAACAAUAA